UGUGUGGAUUUAUUUUCUCUUUAUUUUUUGUUUUAGUGUGGAUUUUCCACAGAACCAUGCCUUCUCCCGCUCCCAACAUCACGUUACGAGAGAACGGGAGAGAGAGGCGGGAGGGAGAGCGAGAGAGGGUGCUGUUUACAUUGUGAGCAGACCUCAGAUUUACAGUCAUCCAGCUGCACCGCGGAGACAACAGCUGCCUCUAUUUAAAGGACAGUUUUUCCGUUUUGUUGUCAUUUGCCAAUUUAGGCUUUACGCACAGUCAUGAUUUUGACGCACAGGUGAACUUACCUCACCUCAACGCACCCCGAUCAGAACUCAAAAAAGGAGAAAAGAAAAGUGUCCAGUUCACACUCUCCUCCUCCUCGUUUUUCCUUUUUUAAUUUCUCGAAGUGGAGCAGGUCGUCAGAGUCAUGUCCAGGAAGAAGACAGCGAAAGGCAAAGGCAGCUCCAAGAGCCCCAAGGCAUCUCCGAGCAGCGGGAGGACGGGGAAAGGUUUGACCGCAGCUGCUGCUCCGUCCUCCGGGCUGGUCUAUCCCAGCAGACCAUCCAUCAGCAACAGCGGAGAGUUUUAUGACAUCGCCUUCAAGGUGAUGCUCGUGGGGGACUCAGGCGUGGGAAAGACUUGUCUGCUGGUUCGCUUCAAAGAUGGAGCCUUUUUGGCUGGGAGCUUCAUCUCCACCGUGGGCAUUGAUUUCAGGAAUAAAGUUAUGACCAUUGAUGCUGUGAAGGUCAAACUGCAGAUAUGGGACACUGCUGGUCAGGAGCGUUUUCGGAGUGUCACUCACGCUUACUAUCGUGAUGCUCACGCUCUGCUGCUUCUGUACGACGUCACCAACAAAGCAUCCUUCGAUAACAUCAGGGCAUGGCUGACAGAGAUUCAUGAAUACGCCCAGCAGGAUGUGGUCGUCAUGCUGCUGGGCAACAAGGCUGACGUGACACAUGACAGGGUGGUGAAGCGAGAAGAGGGGGAGAAACUGGCAAAGGAAUUUGGAGUGCCGUUUAUGGAGACAAGUGCAAAAUCUGGACUGAAUGUCGAGCUGGCGUUCACUGCUGUGGCCAGGGAACUGAAGCACAGGACCAUGAAGGAACCCGAUGAGCCAAAGUUUCAGCUGCAGGAGUACGUCGACAAAGAAAUGAGGACCGCUGGCUGCUGCCGCUCAUAGACCACAUCCUACUUGUGUGUGUGCGUGUGUGUGUGCGUGUGUAUUUGUGCAAGAGAGAGAGAAAGACAGCAGGUGCACUCUCUUACACUAUGUAAUAAGUCUGAGUUGGUGUACCUGGAAAUGGCCUGAAAUUCUCAAUGUUUAUAUUUCUCUGCGGCCAAUACGCUCUCUCUCCCGACCCACCUUCCCUCUGCGACUGUGAAUGUAAUAUAAUUCCUGUCUCCAAGCUUGCACAUACACAUGCAUGUCUGCACGCAGACGCUAUGUUUGUAAUCCCGUUUAAUCCAUUCUGUGCCAGUUUCCAUGAGUGAUGUAAAUAUUUUAAAUGUAAUUUUAAUUUUGUGCUCUGGAAGCUUUGUUGUUUAUAGAUGCCUGUCUUAUUAAAAGAAACUCUACAGACGUAACAAGGCUGAAUAUUACAUCAGUCUGACUAGAAUAACAGAAACCAAUUUGUACAAACCACCAUUGCACAUAAUGUAAGCUGUCAUUCUGCACUACAGUACAUGCUGUUUAUGUACAGGAUACCAUAUAAUAAUGGUUUUAAUAACACUGAUGUGUCUGUGACCCAUUCGAGCUAGCGACCUUUUGUACACAAUUUAAGUUUGAUGUUAGAACUGUGUGAUAUAUUUCUAACAUGAAUAAAUCUCCAGCAGUGAUCAAUGUAUACAACAACACAAUCAGCAAAGGACAGCAGACCUACAAUGGGAAAUAUAUCUUCCUGAGAAAUGAUGGAGUUGUUCCAGAAAAAUCAUUUUCUAGAUGUUGCUCUGUUUUCAGGAAAUUAAAGAAAAGGACAAAUGCUUUUUGCAACAAAAAACAACUGCAUUUGUGUGAAGUCUGCUGUUAACCUGCAUAGCAAAAAGAAAACAUUACAAAAACAGUUGAAUAUUGGGUGUGAAAAGCGUAUUUGCCAUUGCAUAUUUCUUCCCCAAACCUUGAACGGGACCUUACACAUAUAGUUUUGUGCAAAAGCCUUGAUGCACCACUCAAUUCUUUACAUUUUGUUAGGAAAAUGUGAAACAGCUGCAGUGAUUUAUUGAAAUGUGUGCAAAGAUACAUGGAAAUAUCAACACAUAAGGCAAAAACAGUUUUUGAAAUUCCCAGCAGCAUAUUUGAUAAGACUCUCUUUCUUGUAAUUUCUUUAAAUAAUCUUCUCUAAUAGUUCUUCAGGUUUUUUUUGAAGGACAAAUGUUGGCUGCCUUUUGUUCCCACAUUGAUGAUCCCAUAUUGCUUCAGUGAUGUUGAGAUCCGGGAUCUAGGGAGGCCUGUCCAUGACUGAUAGCAUUCAACUGUGUGUUGUUCUGUCCCAGUAUGCCUUUACUGCUCAAAAACGAAGCUGUUGCCAAUCAGACACUUUCCAGAUGAAGUAGUACAUGAUUGUAGUACUUUUCUUUAUUCUUAACUCAUAAUUCCACCAGUUUUAACAAGGACAGCAUCAAGCAAUGCAAUUGUACAUCUAUCCUGACCUCCAUUAAGUAUUGAUAAUGAAGUUUCAAUUUUGGAUUGUGUCUCCUUAAAACCCAUUGCCAGUCCUUUAAAUCGACUUCUUUACAGCCACCCUGUUUCUACUAGUGAGUGUAAGUAAGUGCAUGAAGAUACAAUUUAAAAUGAGUUAUUUGCUAAGCAAUGUCUGUUAUGUGUAGACAAAACACUAAUUGAUCCCUUGAGUUUUGGUGCCUUUUUGUUUCUUUAUCUCUGAUUCAUAGGUCAGUGUUGGGUGGCUUAACAAACCAAAAAACAGAAUUUGUCAGAAAAUUGCCAAUUACAAGGAUGGGACUGAAAAUGAGUGAACAAGCAGCCAAUGUCCAGAAAAAAAUUGGAAAUACAUUUUGAAACCCGGUUGCUCAAGAACACUUAAAAACGUGGAAACAAAAUAUAAAGAAAUGAGGAGUGUUUUGUAAAGCUACUGUAAGAACAUCUAUGAAUUAAAAUGUAGAGAUCUGGAAUUGGUCCCGUGUAACUCAGACUCCUCUCAUGGAGUUUUAUGUAUCUUUGUAUCAUAUGUCCAGGUCUUCAUCAGGCAAAGGAAAUGAUCACAGCGAUUGACCCAACUUAAAAACAAUAUAUAGAUUUUGAUGUUUCAUUCUAUUUAUUUAUGAAAAACUUAAUGUGUGGUUGAAAGUUUUAAACAGAGAUUUUCUUUAGUGAGCCUUUCUGAUUAGAAGAUACAUAUCGCUGUUGAGAGAAAAGGUUUUCAUUGCGCGUAUUUUUUUCCACAAAAACACAACAUCAUGGGGCCAGAUAUAUAAAACUGAAUACUCAUGACUAAAGCUGUUUGUAUGCACAAAGGAAGGUUAGGGAAAAUGUGCGCAUUCUUUUUUUUGUCAAAUAUAUAAAACUGUGUUGUUGUUUUUCUUUCUCUUUUUUUGGUUUAUUAAAGCUCAAUUUUUGCCAUUCCUAUUCUUACCAAUUAGUGGAAGUACACACUCCCUUGUUAUGGUAUCAUUACAACAUGAGCAAACAAGAACCACAGCUUCACUCAGUAUAUAACUGGGAAGGUUAUUGGAGAGCGGGAGAAAGGGAAAUGUGUAAUUGUUGAUCUCAGGUUCAUGAUCAGGAGAAAAACUAGUAAGGAAAGAAGCAGUGGAGGCUACUAACUAUAUAAAUUCAAAGAAAAACACCAUGGCAGAAAUGCUGUACUACAAGGACAUCAGUUCUUGCAAGAAAAACACAUUUAUAUGCAGAGCCACAUCUUUUUAUAGCUCCGACAAUUACCAUAAGUAAUAAAAAAAGGCUUGGUAAAAUUUAGUGCACAUCAAAUUAUUGUCACUGAAGUAGCGAACUGUUGUGUUAUGUGUUAAGUUUCCCUGACCUUUUCCCCACACUAUCACGUGGGGCUCCGCUCUAAUACAAACCAUACCACUUUAUGUGUGGCGAAAACCGUGUGCGUGUUUUUUAAUGCACACAUUCUGUUUAUACAUCCAGCCCUUGGUUUCAUUUUACCACACUGCGCAAAAUUUUCAAAGCAAAAAUGAACUUACAGCAGAGUCGUAUAAUCUAGAACAGUGAACCACAGGGGAGCGUUUAAAUCUUCGAGGACAGCUUGCUUACGUUUUUUUCUAUUUUCUCUGCAGUUAUUGGUAGAAAGCCAUUAUUUUUCCAGGUGUUUUAUCAAAGAUGGUUUCAUACAGAUUUCUGCCAACGUUGUAAACUCUAUCAACUAGUACUAUAAAGCAUAAGUAAGGAUUUUACAGUGAAGUACACAUUUUUAGAAUGAAUCAGUUCUCAUAAAUUUAUUGUUAACUUGUAAUCUGUAUACUGUAUCUUAACUGAGGUUAUUUGUAUUGUAUCAAUCUUUUGUGUUGACUAAUAAAGAAUCUAUCAUAAAAA